AUCAAGAGUAUAAUACCGAAAAAUCAUGUUUAUAUCCAUAAAUCAUCACAACCUUGGAUAUAAAGACGUCUACUACACCUACUGCAUUCGACAAAUCCCUUAUUAAUCAGUGUCUACAGAUACGCAUAACGCGGCGCGGUAUAGUCGUGGUUUUAAGUUGUUCGUGUUUCCGUCGCAAUAUAGGAGUUAAUGUCUAAUCGUUUUACUUUAUAGAGUUUUACUUUUUUUUUUUGUUUUUCAUAAAAACCUACAUAUUAUAUCGGUGUUUUACAAUUAUAAGUAAUACGGUUCGCGAAACAUGUCGUCCGUAAAGUCAUCUGCCGUGUUUCAUGCAUUAUUCGCAUUUGUGUUUUUCGUGUCCGGGCUUGUCGUCAACUCGAUACAAUUAUUAUUAUUCGCAAUAUUAUGGCCAUUAAACUGUAAAGACCUUUUCAGAAAGAUCAACUAUUACUUGUCGUACAUAAUUUAUUCAGGUAUAAAAAUUAUUCGCACUCAUUAAUUUUAGUUAAUUAGAUACAUAAUAUACCUAAAUAACAUAAUACGUGCGAGUUAAUAUUAUGCAUAGGUGAACACAUCGUGGAAUAUGGAAUUGUUUUCAUAAAAAAUGCAUAAAAUGUCUAAAACAAACGUACAUAGAUUUUCACUUGAGACUCAAAAGAUACCGAAUUGACCAUUUUAAGAUUGUAUUAGAAUAACAUCAAAUAUUGUAUUCAAAACAACUCCGGCUCGAUGUUGAAUAUAAAAAAAUUAAAUUCGGAUAUCAUCUAAUUUUAAAUGUCAUAAAAGAGCUUAUCUAUAUAAAUAAAAAUUAAUCGCUCAAAAUAUUGGUAAACGCAAAACUUGAAAACAACUGGAGCAAUUUUAACGUGGUUUUUUGCAAAAUGUUGAGCAUUGUCCGGAGUAGGUUUAUAAUUAUUGAAAUUUACCCUCUAUUGAAUACCAUUCCCUAAAACUCUGGUUAUAGGUAGUUUUAGUUCAGAAAUUUAAUUAUUUUUAUUGAAUUGUGGAUUUCAAAUGUAGUAACACGUAUGACAAAAAAAUGAAAUCCAUGUACUGAUGUGGAAAAAUUAAUUUAUUCAUUUCUUAGUGCACAGUCUAUUCGAUCUGAACGUUUAUCCUAUUUUGAGUUUUUUGAGAAGUGUUAGUUCACCACAAUUUGGUUCUUCAAAAUGCUACCAAUUAGACAUACCAACUUAGGUCUCGGAGAUUGCGGUUUAAGACGAAUGUAUGAUGAUGAUGAAAUGACAGUGGUGCUAAAUGAUAAUAUAUAUUUGUUUAUUGUAUGGUUGCUAUUGGUUGCAGACUAAAAUAAUAAUAGUAUAUUGGUUAUUAUUGGUUAAUCGGGUAUGUUUGUUGAUUUGUAUUAUUCAUUUUUUUUUUUUCAAUAAUAUAUUUAGUAAAAAUUGUAAUGAUAUCUGAGAUUUGAACUCGAUACCAUUGCACUAAUAUUAUAAACACUGUCCUUGUAUACUCUAAAUAUAUUUUAUAUGGACGAAAAUUUAAAAGGUUGGUCAAAACGUAUCUAUGGUAUCUAUGGCAGUUAAUAACGGCACAAAAUUGGAAAUAAAAUCUUUAAAAAACUGUCUGCUUGAGUGUAUGAUUUCAAGAAAACUAUCAUAAUUUUUAAUAAUUAUUAUUAUUAUUACUAUUAUUUGCACUAUUCAAAUUUCCCAAUAGAACACAUUUAGUCCGCCGAAUGUGGACUGCUCACUUUCCACCUAUUUGUUUUCAUUUAAUUCCGACACGGCAAAAACCAAAAAUUGAUAUGGAUAAAAUAAUAAUAAUAACAAUAAUAAUAAUUGUUGGCUCGGGCAAUGCCGGGCGCGGGACAGCUAGUUUCAAAUAAUAAUGGAGUUUAAAUAAUCCAAUAUUUUUCAGUAGAAAUUUAACAACAAAAAAAAUAUUGUCUCAGAAAAACCUACGGGGAACGAGAUUCAAUCUAUCUACCUACCUAACGCCUGAGCUCUAAUCGCUAUGCGUUCAUGGCCUAUGCUUACCUUUCAGUUUAUAAAGAGAUAAACUGGGUAUUUAAGUAUAAAUAAUAUAAAUAUUAAAUAGUAACUACCAACUGGAAACUCGUUAGUAUAUAAUUAUACUUUUCAGUAUAAUAUAAUUUAUUAUAAUUUAUAAGUCUACUAGUCUCUCUACAGAUAUAUUAUUCACCAAUAAAUAAAUAACGUAAUUAUGAUAGUUUAUUUAAUAACAUUAAUUAUGUAUCUAUAACUUAUCAAAAAAGGUAGUUAAAUUUUAUUUUUAUACGGUGAUGAUAAUAUUUGAAAAAUAUUCAACUACUAUAAAUAAAGAGUUUAAUGUCAAAGGAAAUGUUAAUAGGUAGGUGCGUCAUAAAUUCAUAAUAUAUUACAAACGAAUUUUGGUAGGUUUUGAAAGAUGUAUUCGAAAUAUUACAGAAACAAAAAAAAAUAAAAUCAGAAGAUCAGCUGCCCUAAGAUUAAUUUGAACUGCUGAACUAGGUUUAUUUUAAUAUUGAUUGGUAUGUGUUUCGUUAAAUUUCUAAAGCCAAUAAUUUUCAUAUUCAUUAAACCAACAAUUUGGCUAUUCAAAAAAAAGUAGGUAUUUAGUACUUACCUAUUUGAUUAAUACCUGAUCGGUUAUCAUUGAUUGAAAUAUUAUAUUUAUAUAGUAUCGAUAUAUUAUAUUAUAAUAAAUGGUUUAGCGUACAAAUAUACUUGCUAAAUUUUCAAAUAAAUUAUUUCAGUGGACAUAAUAAAUAACUAAAAAAUAAAUAAAUAAAAUCAUGUGCCUUGUUAAAAUCCACAACGUUAAAGUCUGCGAGUAGAUACUAGUGAAGAGACUAGUGAAUCGACUCAAAAUAUAUAGGUAUAUGUUCACUAUUAAAAGAAAAAAAAAAGAACUUAAUACUGAUGACGGGUGCAAUCACGGUUGGAAGUCGAAAGUCGGGAAGAUAGGAUAAAAAAGUUUUUGAUAACGAAAAACGAUUCGAAUCGAAGUUCGAUAAGAUAUAUUUCUAAAUGCCGUCAUUUUUACGAUUUUCACCAAAAUUUGAUCUUAAAACGCUUAUGAAAAAAAACUAAUACAUUCAACUCGAAUUUGUUUUUUAGAAAAAUAAUUACAACCUAUAAUGUAACUUGUAUUAAAUUUUCAAGCAUUUUUCUUAAGUCAUAUAUUUUGAAAACGAUACCUCCCAAAUAAAAAUAUAUGUAAAAACACGAAAAUAUCAAAUAUCUUAAAAUAUGCAGCUAGAAUGUUUUGAAUAUUUUACCACGUCUACAAAAGACCAAUAUAAUUAUUUUGUGAAAAUUACAGAUCUCUACAAUUAUUAUUAAUCAAAUAACAAAAACCUCAAAUGUCGCACACUUUGCCGUAUUUCCUAUGUUUUUUUUUCUCGAUUUUUCGUAAAUAUCAGGAAAACUAUACGGAAUGACAAAUGGACUUUCUUACUCGCAAACUAGACAACAUUUUCUUUCAGAAAAUAUGCUAUUUUUUAUAUUUGUACAAAGAUUUCUGGUAGAAAAAUAUAAACUAAAACAAAAUUGAAAAUAAUACAUUUUAUAAAUUUUCCCGUUUUUUCUCGGUUUUCCCAAUCAUCAUGAAAACUGCUUGAAAAAUCAAAAAAUGACCUCUCUAAUGCACCGACUAGAGAUAAUUGUGUAUAUAAUAAACAUAAUUAUUUGAUAUGAAAACAUACAGUAUCAGUAAAAAAAUGUUGUCAUUGAAUUACAAAUCAGUAAAUGAAACCGUUGUCUUAUAAUCAUAUAGACUUACACGCAUACAUCUAGACGGAACAUUCACUCCGAGGACUGGAUGGCCUGGUCGGUCCGAACGGAUCAAGAGAGAUAGGCUAAUAUAAAGUCUACUUUGAGGUAUAACAAAUUUACACUCCGAGGAUAGCUAAUUAAAACACUCCGUUUAUUAUCUCACGUGUUUUUGUUCUCAAAAUGACACUCCACCUACCGGAAUGUGUUUCCAUGUUAAAUGUUCCUUAUAAAUGUAGAAGUCUAUUUGCUUAUAGUAUAACGGACACUAUGAAUGAAAAGAUUGCGUUUUUUCUAUGAAUAAUAAUAUAUCGUUGUAUGGAAAUUGGUCAAUAUUUUUUUUGGUGAUCUCCUUUUCAAUUUUUUCAUUUUUAGAAUUCGUAUUCCUGGUCGACUGGUGGGCUGAUGUUCAGUUUUACUUUUACGCGGACAAAGCAGAUUUUAACGAGUACUUCGGCAAAGAACACGCAAUAUUUAUACUUAACCACAAGUAUGAAAUUGACUGGCUAUCCGCUUGGGUCAUAAACGAACGGAUCGGCACUCUUGGAGUAAGAUAAAAAAUAAAAUAAAAUAAAGUGGAUUUAAUUUUUAAGAACAAUAUUUAUUUUGCUGUUUUUUUUUUUUUUUUUUUUACCUAUACAAGAACUGUAAAGCUUUCUCGAAAAACAGUCUCAAAUAUAUGCCCAUUGUCGGAUGGUGCUGGUGGUUUUCCGAGUUUUUAUUCCUUCAGAGGGACUGGGCAAAAGACAAAUACACCAUUGAGACCCAACUCAAAGAAUUGUUCGAAUACGAAAACCCAGUCACGGUAUUUCAUUAUUAUCUUUACCAUUAUAAUUUUUAAUCGUCUGAAAGUAACGUAGUAACAUAAUGAUUGAUUACCCGGUUUUAAAAUAUUGUUUUUUUGAGAACCUAUAUUUUAUACAGAUGUUGCUGUACGCGGAAGGCACUAGGUUCACAAAAGAGAAAUACGAAGCCAGUCUCAAGUUCGCCCGGUCUAAAGGGCUACUAGAAUUAAAAGAACACUUAUUGCCGAGAACCAAAGGUUUUAGUAUCGGAUUACCACAUUUUCGACACAAUUUGCCGGCCGUGUACAACGUUCAACUUGCGUUCAAACAGUAAGAUCGAAAACAACUAGAGCAUGUAUUUUGUACAAGACAAACAUAGGUACUAUAAAUACUCGUAAUAUCUCGAACGACAAAGGUGCAAAAAUGACAUAUCAAACGUGUAGGACAUAAGCGCCAAUCUAAUAUUAUAUACCUGUUACACCCCCAACAUAUUGUAUAACACAGGAGUGCCAAAAGUGCAAGAAUAAUUUUAAUAAAUUGAUUGAUUUUUUUCGAUCAUAUGAGAUAAUAAUUGGUCCCGAUUAACAUUAAACGUUUGGAGUUUUUGAACGAUAAUGUAGUUCUAAAUUUAAUAUCACGCAGGCACGGUUAAUAAAUACAUAUAUUAUAAUAUACAUCUAUUAACCGUGGCACACAGGUACCUAGGAUUUUGGCGCUUUUGUACGAUACGAUAUUUUUUUUUUUCUUCACUAACCCGAACGUUGCGACAAGCGAUGGGUUUUUGCAGCAAAUGCAACUCGGACGUACCUCUACGUUUCGAGUGCGUACACGUAUUAGUAUAAUUGCAGCCUGUAGGUGUAGAUGAGGCACCUACGUAAUGUUUCGAUAAAUUACGGUUUUUAUUUGAAAGAUAUGCGCGAAAUGUUGUUACAGAGGAGAAAAGCCAUCGUUGACAACGUUGUUAAACGGCGGUCGGUUGGAGGCACAUGUAUUCAUGGAAAGAAUACCCAUCGAACAGGUCCCACAAGACGAAAAAGAAUGCGAUAAAUGGAUGUACGAUGUAUUCGAGAAAAAAGUAAUAAUGACAUUAUUUCACAUAAUAUUAUCUGCCCGAUUUUGUCUGAUGUAACUUUUUUUAAAAUUAAAAAAAAAAAAAAAACAACAAUAUAUUAUGUAGAUAUAUAAUUAUAUAAUGUAUAACAAAAUAUAUAAGGUCUCUCAAUUUUGAGUUUAAUAGGCUUUUUAUGUUUUUAUAAGUAAAAAUAAAUAUAUAAAAUAAUCAAAUAAGUCGAACAAUAAUAUUUUUUAAUGGAAUAAAUGACCGGAGGGAAAAAAAACGUUUCAUCAUCUAAAGCGUUUUUAUCUUUAAUAACAAAAUACAGUUUUAUUUAUCACUAUUACGCUAAACUAUUAUUGAAGUCAAAAAAUUUAUAAAUUUUUUUUUUAAAUGGCAUUAAUUAUUUGAGGUCAUCGAUGUUAUCGCGUGUUAAAUUUUCAAUAAGAUUACCUAUUAGGUAAUAUUAUGAUGAAGUGUUUCGCGGUACGUUAGGACCUAUAAGGUACCUUUUUUCGGGAGGAAUACGAUUGCGUACGUGUUUUUUUUUUAGUGGUCGACAAAAAUCUAAUAUCGAACAAUGAACGUGCGGGAAUCGUACUCUACUCCUUUUUUUCUUCCUAUAGGAUGUUUAACCAACAACAGCAAGGGAAUUGUUUUUACAAUAUUUUCUCACGGCUUCCAUCGUUUAUUGAAAGUAAGAAAGUAUAUACAAUUACAAUCAAUACACACAUUGGAUGGGUGUUCAGCAGUGGCGGAUAGGGAUAUUUUCAGUUACUGGGACUAAAUUCAAGGGUUCCUAAACGAAAGAAUAUUAUGAUCUCACUGACAAAUGAACAAUAAUGGUACAAAUAGUUGAUAACGUACACGAAAAUAUUGUGGCGAAACGCUUUGAUAGUAUAAAUUCUUACCUUUUUUAAACUCAAUACUACAGAAAAAAAAAAACAAGUACAUGCUGAAUAGAUUUAAUGACUCUUUAAUCUGCAUCUAUGGAGCGUCUUCAAAUAAACUCAAACCAAAAAUAAAUUCUUUAGACCAAAGAUUAAAGGGCCCAUAAUUAAGUACGGACAGGGGCCCACUUAGAAAAUCUGGAUACCGCCAUUGGUGCGCAAGUAAGUCACACACCGCAUCCCUUUACAUGAACGAUAAUUUAGAUUAAAUCCACUGCUCACGAGUUACGAUCUGUUCAGCUGCUUAUCGAAACUCGCAUCAGACUAGAAACCCAUUUUGUUCACCCACUUCUCGACUAGGUUCGCGGAACCCGUUGGUCUGGAAUCAUGUGCCUGAUCAGUCUACGGGACGAGGCUUGUUUCGAAUGGCUACCUUUCUAGUUAUCUUGUCUUUCUCCUUGCGGCGCAAAAUGUCUUCAACGAGGUCAUAGAAAUAUUGAACACUGCGUUAAAGGUAUAAGGUACCUAACCUAACUUUAUCUAUAAUUUGUACGUUUUGAGAGGGAAUCGGAAUUAUAUAUAAUUUGAAUAUAACAAAAACAGUUACAAUAUUACUGAAGUUAUGGUUCAACGAUAAAUUAUUAUACUGAUUCUAAACGAAUUAUUUAUUUAUUUUUUAUAUAUUUUUAAAUAAUUAUAGAAGCACAUUAUAAUACUAUGUACCUAUGGAUAGUGUGCACAGUACAGACAAAACGGAGUACAUUCCUUACAAUAAUAUUACCGAUUAUAAUAUAAUAUAACCUAUUCUAAAAAAAUAAUAUUUCACCAUAGGACAAAAUAAUGGUCAGCUAUGUCAAUACGGGAGAUUGGUUCAAGGAGAAUGACGUAAAACCACUGGAGAAAUUCAUUACACCACGUAGUUACAUGAGUUUACUAAACAUAAUAUUUUGGUCACUCGUCACCUUUUUACCGUUUUUAUAUUUGUCAUUCAAAAUAUUGAUUUCGGGUAACUUGCUUCAUAUUGGAUUGUUAACGUUACUAUUAUGUUUGAGUAAGUGUCUAUAAGAUAGUAUACUUAUAUAUUACUGUACGAUUUUUUUUUUUCUUAACAAAAUUAAAACAUUUUAUUUACAGUUUAUGUGAUCUUAAGCAAGUUGACGAGCGUUUCUGAAAUCGAUAAGGCGUCCUCAAGUUACGGUACGGAUAAACAAAAAACCAAAUAAAAUACUGAUAACUCGCCUAUAGUUUAUAAAAUUAAAAACAAACACUUAAGAUCGUUUAUAUAAUGUUUUUUACUAGCAACUAUAGUGAGCUAUAUUUUGCUAGUAAAAGAACAUGUAAACGAAUAUACCAUUUUACUAGUCUUUAGUAACGUAAAGUGGGAGAUUUAGGGGUAAAACCUUCUCCCCCCCCCUGAAAUUUGUAAAAUUCACGAUAAGCUUAUUAAAUAUUUUUAAUUUGUUUAUUUAUGAACUUCACUCAAAACAUAUACGUGUCUGGCUAGUUUACUAGCUACCAUAUAAUAGUAAACAAAAUUAAUUGUAUAAACGACCUUUUUUAAAAAAUUAUUUUACAGUUACGAUCCUGUAACAUUUUUAUUAUUAAUAAUAAGGUAUAUUAAAUAUUUAUAAUACUCUAUUUUAAUUCUUUUUUGUAUAAAUUAUUUAAAAAAAAAAAAAUUGUUAUUUAUGUUUGUAUGUUAUUUUUUAUUAUUUACAAACAGUAUUUUUGAGAACUAUAGCCGACGCGAUGAUCGUAUGCGCAUCAUUCCUACUUAAGUGUAAUUUUAUAUUGAUUACUUAUGUUAUUUUCAAAGAGAUAUAGCCAAUAUAGGUAUACUUUGAUGUGAAUAUGCAUG